UUACGUAAUCCCGACCUACCAACUCCAAUCCUUAACCACACUCACCUACACUGGACGCUGCGUCACUGAACUGCGACUGUUACUAGUUCCAAACCAAAGAGAACAAAAACAAUGGCGGCGAUUUCUUGUCACUCUACGCUUCCAUCCAACAAAGUCUAUUUCUCCUCGUCUUCCUCUGCUUUCUCCAGUAAUGUUCUCUUCCAGUCUGCUCGAUUCUCCGGUGUAUCGGUUUCAUCUCGGGUGAUUCGUGGGAGAAUCUCGUGCCAGACCUCUUCUGCUUCCUCUUCGUCUUCCUCUUCCGUCAAUGGCAAAGCAAAAACAGAGCUGAAGGAUUUUCUACACAUUAGUGAUUUUGACAAAGCCACUCUUAUGAAGAUCUUGGACCGGGCUGCAGAGGUUAAGGCAUUGUUAAAAUCUGGAGACAGGACAUUCCUCCCAUUUAAAGGAAAGACAAUGGCUAUGAUCUUUGCAAAGCCUUCUAUGAGGACAAGGGUUUCAUUUGAGACUGGGUUCUUCUUGCUUGGAGGCCAUGCUAUAUAUUUAGGGCCUGAUGAUAUCCAGAUGGGCAAACGGGAGGAAACUCGUGAUGUUGCUCGUGUUUUGUCUCGCUAUAAUGAUGUAAUCAUGGCACGUGUUUUUGCUCAUCAGGAUAUUCUUGAUCUGGCAAAGUACGCAACUGUACCUGUUAUUAAUGGCUUGACUGACUACAACCAUCCGUGCCAAAUAAUGGCUGAUGCCCUCACAAUAAUUGAGCACAUUGGUCAGUUGGAGGGGACCAAGGUUGUAUAUGUUGGGGAUGGGAAUAACAUUGUGCACUCUUGGAUGUUGAUGGCAUCUGUUAUUCCUUUCCACUUUGUUUGUGCCUGCCCUAAAGGUUUUGAACCAGAUGCAAAAACAGUUGACAAAGCACGAGAGGCUGGAAUCAGCAAGAUCGAGGUCACAAAUGAUCCAAAGGAAGCUGUUAGCGGAGCUGAUGUUGUAUACUCAGAUGUGUGGGCAAGCAUGGGCCAAAAAGAAGAGGCAGCACACCGUCAUAAAGUUUUUCAAGGAUUUCAGGUGGAUGAAGAUCUGAUGAAAUUAGCUGGACCAAAUGCUUAUUUUAUGCAUUGUUUGCCAGCUGAGAGGGGUGUGGAGGUGACAGAUGGUGUCAUUGAAGCUCCAAACUCUAUUGUCUUCCCACAAGCUGAGAACCGCAUGCAUGCCCAGAAUGCUAUAAUGCUUCAUAUGCUUGGUCUGUGAUCUCAUUCCUCCCAUGCCUGAUGAUGGGCAAGUACCGAUGUUUGUGGCUGUUGAAGUCUUAGGCUCUUGGCUAUUUCAAAAUUGUUCUUUUGCAAUUUUAAAUUUUUUGUUGGAAUAGAUGUUUAAUUUUGUGGCUUUGACCUGGUCCAUUCAGGAUUUGUUAGAAUAGAUACGUUUACCAGACAAAACUUAUGGAAAUUAUCUGGCUGGUGGUUAUGUUAGCAUUGUCGGUUUCAAUGUC